CAAUCAGCUGCUGUCCCAGUCAGAGGAAAAUCAUUUUCGCAGGGAGAUAUCUGAAUGGAGAGCGCGCAGAUGAUGGAGCAGGUGCGGGGGAGCGGCGGAGAGGGAAGGGAAGACUUUUGAAAACGCGAUACUCAGAUUGAUCAUCGCUGGAAUUAUGGAUUCAACAUGUAACUUGCUGUUUGCACAAUUUAGAAAGUUUACAAACCGGAAGGAGAUGACUACCAGCGCGUGCCUUCUGCUGCUCGUUCUGUAUCUUGCAGGCAGCAGAGCAGAGAACGCAGAGGAGCGGCUGGUGAACCACCUGCUGGGGCCGGAGCGCUACAACAAACUGAUCCGACCUGCUUUGAACAAGAGCCAACAGGUCACCAUCUCCAUACAGGUGUCUCUGUCCCAGCUCAUCAGUGUGAAUGAACGAGAGCAGAUAAUGACGACCAAUGUGUGGCUCUCCCAGGAGUGGAACGACUAUAGGCUCAGGUGGGACCCAGAAAAGUAUGGCGGCAUUAAGAAGCUGCGAAUACCAUCCAAACUCAUCUGGCUCCCGGACAUUGUGCUCUACAACAAUGCGGAUGGCGUUUAUGAAGUUUCCUUUUAUUGCAAUGCUGUGGUCUCCAACACGGGGGACAUCUUCUGGCUCCCUCCGGCCAUCUACAAGUCGGCAUGUCCCAUUGAGGUGCAGAAUUUCCCAUUCGACCAACAGAACUGCACCCUCAAGUUCCGCUCCUGGACCUACGACCACACGGAGAUCGACGUAGUCCUCACCAGUGACUACGCCAGCAGAGACGACUUCACGCCCAGCGGAGAGUGGGACAUCGUGUCGCUACCAGCACGCAAAAAUGAAGACCCCAAUGACAUAACCUACCUGGAUAUUACCUACGACUUUAUUAUCCAGAGGAAGCCGUUGUUCUAUACCAUUAACAUGAUCAUCCCUUGUAUUCUGAUCACGUCGUUGGCCAUCUUAGUUUUCUACCUGCCGUCAGACUGCAGAGAGAAGAUGACGCUGUGUAUCUCAGUGCUCCUGGCGCUCACUGUGUUCCUGCUGCUAAUUUCAAAGAUAGUACCACCCACCUCACUGGCAGUGCCCCUCAUAGGUAAAUAUUUGAUGUUCACAAUGGUACUAGUCACAUUCUCCAUCGUGUCCUGUGCCUGUGUCCUCAACCUUCACCACCGCUCCCCCUCCACCCACUUCAUGCCCGACUGGGUCAAACGCAUCUUCCUCGUGCGACUCCCAUACUUCCUCUUUAUGACCCGCCCACGAUCCAACAACCGGGACAAGCUCAAGGUGAAGUUUCCAAUCCGGAGUACGACAACACUCAACUCACAGCUCUCCAGUAUACGAUUAGGAGGGGACUUCUAUGCACAGGAGGACUAUUCACAGAAGUACCGCUGGAAAGGAACUGAACUGCCAGAAGGAGGGGGUGGAUUCUCGGACUUUGGCAGGUCCUUGGGUCACCCGCUGGACCCUGCACUGGAGGAGGCUGUGGAAGGAGUCAAGUACAUCACUGAGCACAUGAAGACCGAAGAUGAUGAUGAAGGGAUCAUCCAGGACUGGAAGUACGUGGCCAUGGUGAUUGACCGCAUGUUCUUGUGGAUCUUCAUCUUGGUGUGUGUGGUGGGGACCCUGGGCCUCUUUAUGCAGCCACUGUUUCAAAGCUGGAACACGCCCACAGCCGAUGACACAGAGUAUGGAGAUUUCUAG